GAACAACAACAACAACAACAACAACAACAUCAUCAUCAUCAUUAUCAACAACAACAACAACAACAGGGCAGGGGAGCCCUGGGAUAGAGAAAUGUCUUAAGUAGGAGAUCGGAAAUCGUGGCGAGUAGUGCAGACAAAAUUGAGAAAAAAUUUGGGGAAGCAACAGCUGUGUUGGAAUGCUAACAAGAUGGGUGUCAGAUCUGAUGACAUGGAGUGGGAGGAUGAGGGUCAAGGAAUGAAUAAAGAAGCAAUGUGAAGGUUAAGUGCUGUAAUUGGUGGUGUUGGGGAUUUAUUUGGUUUAGAAUUUUAUUUUCAUGGUAGUACAUAGUUGGUCUGAUCAUGAUUGAUCGACAUUCCAGCACAGUAGGUGGCGGCAUGCACUUUAAACGUUGGUUUGUGGUCCCCCAUGAUACCACAGAAGAAGAAGGCGGUGAUGAAGAGAAGAGACCAUGUUGAAAUAGCGUUUUGUAUGGAGUGAAUUUAAUCUAACAGUGACAUAAGUAAUUGAUCCGCCGCAAACAUUUAUGAUAUAUAACAUCAAAGUGAGAGAAAGGUGGAACAGGUUUGAGUUGCUGAAUACACCACCACUCACACCACUCACACAGCUACACACGUUGACAGAAGAGCUGAGAGAGGAGGGAGACUCACCUGGAACAGAGGGGACAGACCGAAAGGAGCCCAAGGGGAACUUAAAGCUGCAUUGCUUUUGGACUACAGUUACCCUUGUUUGAUUUUCAACAUCAGGAAACUACUUUAACACGUGGAUGGACAUAUACAGACAGAGUGGAAAACAAAUGUUGAACAAUAAGGACAUUAUUAUUUUGAUGAAAUAUUUGUACAAAGGACAUCGAUGUUGAGCAAUUCAAAUGGACUUGAUGCAAAACAAGGAAAUAAAAAUAUGUAAAUGUACGUUUGAACAAAGAUUAUAUUACAGAUGCUAUUCCCCCGCUUCAAAUAGCAGUUCUAUUGCAGGAAUUAAACUAUUUGAUUCUUGUUCACAUAUAAUGUUCUAUAUUGUGUGCAGGUGCAGUAUAUUAAUGCAUUUGAAUGCAUAUAUCUCUUCAUUUGGGAGAGCUCUUGUAUAAAUACUAUUUUUUUUCAUACGGCAGUAAACUCUGUUGAAGGGGACCGAACUGCACGUACAUAUAUAUGUAAAAACGACAUAGACUUCUGUUGUAAAAGCUUUGGACAAAAAAACAAGAUAAUAUUUGUUAAUGCUUUAUUCGACUCAUCUACUUUUGAAGAGGCUUUUUAAGGGGGCAAAAAAAACAUCAAAUAUUAAUAUUUUGAGAAUAAAAACAGGAAAGGGGAAAUGGCAGCUGCCAGAACAGAGAACCUUGGUCCUGUCGUCAUGGGACUGAACGGGCAGCUUAGGGGGCCGCCUAAACCGGCUUCUCCCCAAUCAGGACCCCUCGUCCUGGGCUCUCUGUCAGACGAGGCCACAGGUGCAUCCCAGAAAGCGGGUGCUGCCCAGGAGGGAACUGGGAUUAGGUUUGGAGAUGACUGGAAAAAGAGCCUACAGCUCCCUCCCAAAGACACCAGGGUCAGAACCUCUGAUGUAACGUCCACUAAGGGAAAUGAGUUUGAGGACUACUGUCUGAAACGGGAGCUCCUGAUGGGCAUCUUUGAGAUGGGCUGGGAGAAGCCCUCCCCUAUCCAGGAGGAGAGCAUUCCCAUAGCCCUGUCAGGACGAGACAUCCUGGCCCGAGCCAAGAAUGGAACGGGGAAGAGUGGGGCCUACCUCAUCCCCAUGCUGGAGAGAAUAGACCUGAAGAAGGACUAUAUACAGGCCAUUGUGAUGGUGCCCACUCGUGAGCUGGCCCUGCAGGUUAGCCAGAUCAGUAUCCAGAUCAGUAAGCACCUGGGCGGCGUGAAGGUCAUGGCCACCACGGGCGGCACCAACCUGCGAGAUGACAUCAUGCGCCUGGACGAGACUGUGCAUGUGGUCAUAGCCACACCCGGCAGGAUCCUAGACUUGAUAAAGAAGGGCGUUGCCAAAGUGGAUAGAGUCCAAAUGAUGGUGAUGGAUGAGGCAGACAAGCUGCUGUCUCAGGACUUUGUAGUGCUCAUCGAGGAUAUCAUCAGCUUCCUGGCCAAGGGCCGUCAGAUCCUACUCUACUCUGCCACCUUCCCCAUCAGCGUGCAGAAGUUCAUGGCCAAGCACCUGCAGAAGCCCUAUGAGAUCAACCUGAUGGAGGAGCUGACUCUGAAGGGCAUCACCCAGUACUAUGCCUACGUCACUGAGAGACAAAAAGUCCACUGUCUCAACACGCUCUUCUCGCGGCUGCAGAUCAAUCAGUCCAUUAUCUUCUGUAACUCCACCCAAAGAGUUGAGCUGCUGGCCAAGAAGAUCACCCAGCUGGGCUACUCCUGCUUCUACAUCCACGCCAAGAUGAUGCAGGAGUACAGAAAUCGUGUGUUCCACGACUUCAGAAAUGGACUCUGCAGAAAUCUUGUCUGCACCGAUCUGUUCACCAGAGGUAUUGACAUCCAAGCCGUCAAUGUCGUCAUCAACUUCGACUUCCCCAAGAACGCCGAGACAUACCUGCAUCGCAUUGGAAGAUCAGGGAGGUUUGGUCACCUGGGCCUGGCCAUCAACCUGAUCACCUCUGAGGACCGCUUCAACCUGAAGUCCAUCGAGGACCAGCUGGUCACCGACAUCAAGCCCAUCCCUGGCAGCAUCGACAAGAACCUGUACGUGGCCGAGUUCCACACCGCCAACCUAGACUGCGAGGUGGAGGAGGAGCUGAAGGAGACAGGCUGCCAACAGGAGGAGCCCUAGAACCCCUCAACUGGACAAUAGGACAAUCCCAGCUUUUGCACAACAUUCAGCUCUUGCACACAGGCUUCAGGCACCUCUUCAACUUCUCUUUUCUCAACCUUCAAAACCUGGCACAUGGACGUUAAGGUCGAGUUGACUUUUUGCUGAUUUGUAUAUUCUGUUCUUAUUCCCCCUUGUUAUUUCAUUAAGAGCUGCCUGCAUUUUUUAAAUUUAAAAUGGUUUAACCAUGUUGUUUUGCACCAAAGGUAGCUUGCCCAAUGCACACUGAAUGAGAUCAAUCAAUCCUUUUUUGGCUUAGGACAUGUAGGCUAAUGUUUUUUGGAUUGUAUCCUGGUAUUGCAAGGUAUUGCAAGGUAACAUAUCAGCUGAAAAACUUCAGAGAUAGGUGAGGAACAUUGUCUUAAAAAAAGUAAGAACCAUGCAAAAUAUUGAUCAAGUUGUACUGUUUCCAGCUGAAUAUGUCGUCCACUUUUAUGGCCAGCUUUGGAGGAGGACAGGUUUGUGUCAUCAAUGACAUUAGGCCUAUUGUUAACCGUAGCAACGACCACUAAGGGUAAAGAAAGCAUCAGAAUGUUGGAAAGCUCAUUCACUUACAUGCAUUUUUAGAUUGGAAUUAAGAUACUAUAUUUGUAGGUUUUAAACUUAUUAAUAAAUUCACAAAUGGUUGGAUAAUAAAUCCUUUGCUACAGCACUACUAAUAUCCAACUUCGACUUGAAUAACUUAUCUUCUGUACUACAUACACUGAGCGUACAAACCAUUAGCAACACCUUCCUAAUAUUGCGUUGCGCCCCAUUUUGCCCUCAGAACAGCCUCAAUUCGUCGGGUUUCGAAAGCGUUACACAGGUAUUCUGGCCCAUGUUGACUCCAAUGCUUCCUACAGUUGUGUCAAGUUGGCUGGUAGGUCCUUUGGGAGCUGGACCAUCCUUGAUACACACGGGAAACUGUUGAGUGAGACAAACCCGGCAGCAUUGCAGUUCUUCACACACUCAAACCGGUGCGCCUGGCACCUACUACCAUAACCCGU